CGAUCUUUGUCGAUGCUCGCUUCCUUCGCGGCGACGACUGGGCUCACGCUCGGCGGCCGGGCCGCCGCCCCCGUGGCGCCGCGCUCCGGCGUCCGGAUGGCGUCGAAGUACACCAUCGCGCCCUCCAUCCUCUCGGCUGACUUUGCUCGCCUCGGAGAGGAGGUUGAGAAUGUGCUUGCUGCUGGCGCCGACACGGUCCACUUCGACGUGAUGGACAACCACUACGUGCCCAACCUGACCAUCGGCCCGAUGGUGUGCAGCGCCCUGCGCAAGUACGGCAUUGAGGCGCCGAUUGACGUCCACCUGAUGGUUUCGCCGGUCGACAAGAUCAUCGGCGAGUUCGCGGACGCGGGCGCCUCCUUCAUCACCUUCCACCCGGAGGCGACGGAGCACGUCGACCGGUCGCUGCAGCUCGUGCGCGCCGCCGGCUGCAAGUCCGGCCUCGUCUUCAACCCGGCCACCUCGCUCGACGUCCUCAAGUACGUGAUGGACAAGGUCGACAUCGUGCUGCUCAUGUCUGUCAACCCGGGCUUCGGCGGCCAGAAGUUCAUCCCGGGCACGCUCGACAAGCUGCGCGAGGCGCGCAAGAUGAUCGACGAGUCGGGCUUCGACAUCUCGCUCGAGAUUGACGGCGGCGUCGGCCCGGCAAACAUCAAGGAGGUUGCCGAGGCUGGCGCGGACAACUUCGUCGCCGGCUCCGCCAUCUUCAACACCGAGGACUACAAGGCGACCAUCGACACGAUGCGCGCCGAGCUGGCCAAGGUGCCCGUCCCCGGCAAGGAGUUCGCGCUCUACUGAUGUCCGCCGCAGCAGCUUGCACCACACACCCCGUGUCACUCAGCGGGCUCGUGCUCGGGCGGAGGGCCGCGCGAGGCUCCGGUACGGCGCCGCGCGGUACCUUGCACUCUUGCCCUCGAGCCUGCUCCUCUCCUGGCUCUCAUACAACACUGUAGCGUAUAUUGGCCGCCCCGCGCAGCGCGCGCGCCCAGAUGUCGCGCGCGCCGGCGGGAUGUGAGGUUUCUCCUGUGUCUUGACGUCGACGCGCGCUCUCUCUCCUCUACCUCCGCGAUCCGCGUUUUAAAUACAUCAUAACAUGUACAUGUGCAUGUGCUAAAUCAAACUCGACGCGCGGCGGAAAGCGAGCUCGGGGCGCGACGAGCUGCACACCGCACCCGCGCCCCCUUCCGGCGUACUCCUCCGCUUCUUCUCCACCGCCCGGGACAUCCCCGCUGCGCCGUGGCGAGGCGUGAGCGCUGUUUCGACGGCCAACCAACCGUACGCUAGGACGCGGUGAGCAGCUAGGACGCGGUGAGCAGCUGGUACGAGAGCGCGCUGAAGAAGGCGUCGAGCCCGCGCCUCCCCGCCCUCCGCACCAGGCUCGGCGCAAAGAUCACCAUCCGAGAGCGGGGCGCCGCCGUCGCGACAAGGGUGCCUCCCG